CAUAGUAUUGCGAGUGUCAUUAGCUAAAGCAUAUUAUAGAAUUGGUUUGGUUUGUGAUACAGCAUACGAUUCGAACGAUUCGAAGCAUUUGUAGUAGUUCGAUUGGACAUUUUGUGAAGUAUUAUUUUUUUACAAGAAAAUAUUGAAUACAAACUGCAGUAGAUUAUUGUUCGAAAGAGAGACGAUUGUAAAACGCCACUUUGCCGGAGUCUGUUAAAUGACGUGAGUGUUGUGAGCAUAAACCUGUGCAUAGAAAAAUACAGAAAAGAAGAAGCAUUGCCUCACUUCUCGCGUCGUAUCGGUCUGGACAGCAGAACAAAAGUAAAUUAAUUUUUUUUUUUUUGAGAAUCGAUUGAAGCAAAAUACCAUUCGGAUAGAAUGGAAAUACUGGGUUUUUUUGAAUAGGGUAAACAAUUACACAUUGUGUAUGACUGAUUGUUUUAUUUGUGCUAACUUGAUUUGGAAAACGCCCUUUUUCGACUAAAAACCAUCGUCAUUAGUUUGAAGAAAAAUAGGUAGCAAGUGUGGAACAAAACCGGAAAAUUUGGCUGAGCCAUCGCAAAGAAGCUCGAUAAGUGAACGACUGAAUACAUUCUUGCCUCACCUUAUGCUUUGUCAGACUUGAGCUAUUUUUUUUGUUAUACCUCCACUUGUUGUUUUGCUAGUGAUGCGAAAUGAGCCAUGAUUUGGCUAAAGUAUAAUAUAAGUUUACUCAUUAAUUGAACAAUACCUGUCCCGUAAAAGAAUCGUGAAUAAUGUCUAUAUGGUAAAUGAAAAAAGUUUUAACUCUUGAUAGCGGACAUUUUGGAAUAACUCAGCAAAAAAGUGUGUUGAAUGAUUAGUUAUUACUAAUCGCGUCUUCGCAAAUACUAGCAAGCAACGCAGACGGAUAAAUAUUAUGUUUGAAUGCAGCUUUUUGGUGGAUUCCGACCGGGAUUAAUCGAGUAUAGUACUGUGAACGAAAAGUUGGGCGUGCACUCAAUCAUAAAGAAUAUUCGAAUGGUGCGUGUUUUAAACAGUAUAAAAUACUGUUCCAUUCAAAGACUUAGAUAUUAAAAACGUCCCCCUUCGUUCACUGGAAUUUCGACUUAAACAAUGACGGAAUACAAAUUAGUAGUGGUAGGUGCAGGAGGCGUUGGAAAGUCGGCUCUCACGAUACAGCUCAUACAAAACCAUUUUGUGGAUGAAUAUGAUCCCACAAUUGAGGACUCCUAUCGGAAACAAGUUGUCAUUGAUGGUGAAACCUGUCUAUUAGACAUCCUGGAUACUGCUGGUCAAGAAGAAUAUUCAGCUAUGCGUGAUCAAUACAUGAGAACAGGGGAGGGGUUCCUCCUGGUUUUCGCGGUGAAUAGUGCCAAAAGUUUCGAAGAUAUUGGAACAUAUAGAGAGCAGAUAAAGCGCGUAAAAGAUGCCGAAGAAGUUCCCAUGGUUCUGGUUGGAAACAAAUGUGAUUUGCAAGCAUGGGCAGUCGAUAUGAAUCAGGCGAGAGAUGUGGCGAAGCAGUACGGUGUUCCAUUCGUUGAAACGUCUGCAAAAACCCGAAUGGGAGUUGACGAUGCCUUUUACACACUUGUCCGCGAAAUCCGUAAAGACAAGGAAAGAGGGAAAAAGAACCGAAAGCAUAACAAGCUAGGACCGGGUCGCCGUUUCAAGUGUCGGCUGCUGUAAUUUCAUUUCAAUUACAUAAAUGAGAAUCGAGUGCUGCCCCUCUAACGACUGCUACCCAAAGGAAGGAAAUCUGUGAGCCCUUGUACGAUCGCACAAAGCUAACACUCAAUUAAGUUGCGUUAUCGCCUUGUUCAAACAUUUAACAGAAAUUGAAAAAAAAUCAUUAAUCAAGUUCAAGCUUUUCACCGUGAAUCAGGUAUUGGUAUUCUUGCUCGAGACGCAUGUUUCUAUAUUUACCUGGCCCGUUUAUAUAUACCAUAUAAAGUUGGUAAUAAAAUUGAAACAAACUGCUGGUAACUUAUUUUCAACGUUUCUGGAUUAACAAGCAUUCGAGUUUUAACGCAAUAUUUGUGACAACCGAGCAACGUGAUUGUCUUAAUAAUUAGUUGUAUUUUGAAACCAGACAAGAUUAAAUAAUUUGUUUGCAUUAGGUUAAACUCAGUUUGUUUCUCGUCUCGUUGUAAAAAAACCUCACUGAAAAGAAACCGAGAAUUAUAGGUAUACAGCAACUUGAAUUUUGCCAAGAGCAUGACGGUAUGUGAACUCGAUUUCAAUAUGAUCGAGUCAUUAACCAAUUUAUUUUGCCAUUUCGAAGAGUAACGCAUAGAUACGCGGAGAUUCCAAUUUUGUACAUGAAAGCAAAAUUUUAAUUAUAAAAAAAAAAACAAUUUUGCAGCUUGAGCAAAAGCGGUAAACGAUUUAUUGUGGUUCGAAUCAUACUAACUGCAAAGUUAUUACUAGAAUAUUAAUCGAUGCGCAUAGAAAACCUUAUAUCACACAAGAAUAAAAGUAUCACUAACUGUUACUUUCUCAGUACUCUUUAGAGUUACUUUAUGAUAUUUUGUAACUGUGGAAUCACUGUCUUCGAAAUAUUGUUUACCAUUUUAAAUUAUGCUCGUAGGCCGCUAGUAAUAAUUAUGUAUUGAAUUUGCAUGCCCAAUUCUCGUAACUCUUAACAAGAUAAAACACAUUUACGUAAAUCUAUAAGCUACGCGUGGCUUGCUUAAUCAAGAUAAACUCCAUUCAAUAAUCCAUUCACAGUGAAGGCAAAUAUUUUUUCUACACUGCUCGUCAUAUUAUCACAUCAACAACUCAUUUCGUGCUUCAAACGAAACAUCAAUCGGCUCUCGCAGCAUUAAGAACACUCACUCGGUCGGCAUUUGAAUCUUUUAAUGCCAUUUGGCAUCAUUCGCCAGGUUUACGUUCAAGGUGUAAGUGAUCAACAGAUUCGAUGGGAAGUUAAAUGGACGCAACAGUAGUGAUGUGUAUUCUACCUACUAAUUUUACGCUGCUUAUAAGUAAGUACAUACAUCACUGUAUUCAAAACAGUAAAGACCAUCAUGGUACUAAUGCAUUACUUGUACGUACCAAAAUUACCAUGACUACAUAGUCGUGUACCGAAUAUUAUUCCUAUAUACCUAAAGACAAAUAAUCAAUCUGCGCUCAAGUGUUCCAAAAAAAUUGAAUACGGUCAAGUUAUUUCGAAUUGCCAAAGUAGAAAUGAUCGCGUCGACAUGAACGCAGAAACCUAAUACUACCUACUAUUGAAAAGAAUGUAACUAUAAUGUAUUGUACUUAUAUCUGGGUAAGUUUUGUAUGUACUUUCUUAUAAGAAGUAUUUACUUGGCAAAGUGUAAUUACGCAUGGGAAAAAUCAAAUGGUGGUUGGUACACUCUAGUUGAGAAGGCAGCGUAAAGCUGCAGAAUCUCACAUUGCGCAUCGCAAUACCAAUUGCAAGAGAAAAUUAUAAAUGAAGGCACUAAACAAAUGUUGUUUAUCUAAUUUGCAUGAAUUUUAAAUCUUUCGAAAGUAAUAUUGCUUGUUUAGCAAAUAAAAUCGACAUCGUUAGGAACGCAAAAUAGGGCAUACUUCAAGCACUCAGCUGAACUUGUGUAAGUACCGGCAAAUAUGUUUAUUAAAAAUGCCUGCAACAAAAAUGUGCAACCAAACCUUAGGGUAAAGGUUAAUGCAUCAGUAAUCUGAACAUUGAAAAUUUGAGAAAAAAAAUGAACGGAUAUAUAUAUUUUUAAGUGCACUGCUCGUGCUUAUGAGAGGUUUCCAGUGCGGUGUGUAAACAUAAUGGAGGAAUUCUAAUGUAUAAAAAAGUCACGAAUGGAAAACGAUUGAAGUCAAAAUAAUGAUUAAAUAAAAUUGAUUCAUUAAUAACAA